AUGAAUGAAAAAGCUAGUGAAAAAGUUUCUAAAACCGUUGAGGACUCUGCCACACAGCGAAGAUGGGAAAAAGGUAAAUCCCAAGGGAACAUUUAUAACAUACGGCCUUUAUCCACCGAUUCUCAUAAGCAAAAGCUGGGACGCGCUUUAUCUUUUGUGGACUGUCCAUGUCAGGCUUCCUGUCAGGAAAGCGUCACUCGAGAAUCACAAGAUGUAUCUCACAAUGGAGCUGAGAGUUGGGAGGAAGCAAAUUAUGAAGUUGGAAACAAGAAAGUGUUAACGUCCACGCAUGAUAAAUCUUACAUAUACAGUACAAGACAACAAGAUAAAGGGAUUCAUGGCCGGAGUCUCAGUUCGCUUAACACCAGCCAAACCGCCAAUAUUAACGAGGUCGAUGAUUUCAAAAAUGGUAGAGAAACUAGCAAGGUCGAGAUUCAAGAGUAUGAAGAUAUUUCAACGGGUGAAUCUUGCUCUAACAGAGCAAGAAAUGUCAAAAUGCAAACAUCCUUGGGGAAACUGCUCCGAAUCGGUGCCGUGGGAGGUGUUGAAGGGACAAAAUGGACAUCAUGUAGAUUUGUACAGCCGUACUACAGAAUUGGAAAAGAUGGUAGUCAAAAACCUAUGUCCAAUAUGUCGGAGGGUGGCACACACAUUGAAUCUCAUAGGCAUUUCAACAAUUCACCUGUGGUGAUCGAAAUCAUUGCGAAUGAGUCCAGACGUCGCCAAAUUGCAGAUUCACUUGGUCAUGAGCCCUGUGAAGUUUUAAAUCUUACCAAAUGUAUGGAUGCAAAAUCAGAAUUUAGCACUUAUUUUGACGAGGUCCAAACGUUUGGCUUUAACCAUAUCAUACUCAUUGGAGAACGUUAUUGUGGAAUAACUUUUUUAGAUUGCUAUGGUCGCGUUUUUGAGUUAGAUAGAAUGUCUUGUGUGUUGUGGCCACUCGGAAGUUCUUUGGAAGAUAUGGAAACAAACUCCUGGACUGGCGAGUUGGCAUGGGAUGUUGAUAUUGAUGAUGGGAUUAUUUUUGAACUCGAAUAUUGUAUGUGUACAAAUCUUUAA